AUGGAAUACCAACAAUGGUUGCUAGCUGCAAGAGCUAAAGCAAAACGCAAAUCGCCAGAAGCCGUGGCUACCUUUUUUCGAGCUCUACCAAUAAUCUAUUCAGUACCAUCUUCAACUUCUAAUUCCCAAUCAAUCAAAAGAAGAAAUCUCAUAAUUAAUUGCGGCUCUUCAAUUGGUGCAAGAAAUUCAGCUAAAAUUCCUAUGCCCCCAACAAACCCUAAAGACCAUUUUCUCUCAAAGCUCGCUUCUGUCGCUGCCAAUUCGCCCGAAAAGCUUCUUGACCGACCGUUGAGUUCCGAUACGCCGCCGUAUCUUGACCUAUUCGACUCUCCGCAGCUCAUCGCCACCCCCGCUCAGGUGGAAAGAUCAGUGUCGUACAAUGAGCACCGGCCGAGGAAGCCGCCACCGGACUUGCCUUCAUUGCUUCUCCAUGGGAGAAUAGUUUAUAUUGGCAUGCCUUUGGUGCCUGCUGUCACAGAGCUUGUUGUUGCAGAAUUGAUGUACUUGCAGUGGAUGGAUCCCAAAGAACCAAUAUAUUUGUACAUAAAUUCCACGGGAACAACUUGUGAUGAUGGUGAAACAGUGGGAAUGGAAACAGAGGGUUUUGCUAUUUAUGAUUCAAUGAUGCAGUUAAAAAAUGAGAUACAUACAGUUGCCGUUGGAGCUGCUAUUGGCCAGGCUUGUCUAUUACUUGCAGCAGGAGCAAAAGGCAAACGGUUUAUGAUGCCACAUGCAAAAGCCAUGAUCCAACAGCCUAAAGUCCCAUCUUCAGGAUUGAUGCCUGCAAGUGAUGUUCUUAUCCGUGCAAUAACUAACAGGGAUACCCUUGUUGAACUUCUGGCCAAGCACACUGAAAAUUCUGUAGAGACUGUAGCUGACGUAAUGAAAAGACCAUUUUAUAUGGAUUCUAGAAGAGCUAAAGAUUUUGGGGUCAUUGACAAAAUUCUUUGGCGUGGUCAGGAAAAGAUAAUGGCAGAUGUUGUCCCUCCAGAAGAAUGGGACAGGAUGGUUGGCAUUAAAAUUGCAGAUCCAUUCUAGCGUUGCUUUAGAACUAGCUGUAAUGCUAGUUUUGGUGCAGCUCCAUGGGAAUAGGACUCUGUCUGGCGUUAAAGUUGCAGAUACAAUAGUUUUCAUUCCUUUCUGAUGGUGUAAUGUUUUCAUGGGAAUAAGCUUUUUCAAACAGGUUGUAAUGCUGGUUGUGGUGCAAAGGUGCACCAAGUUAUCAUGGAUAAAGCUAGAUAGGGCGAUAUUAAAGACCUGUGAGGAAGAUGAUUUACUAGAGGGGUGGAGAUCCUUGUAGUGGGAACCAUGAAUUUUACCUGUAGCUUUCAAAAAUAUUAGUUCUGUAAAAUUUUAUCGAUGAUCUUAAGGUUAAAUCAUAAACCGGUUUCUGAUU